AUGAACAUCGAUUCGUACGAAAGCUUAACAACCCGAAUCGGACGUUUGCGAUUGAGAAGAUGCGGCUCAAUCCCAGCUCUUACCAUCUUCGUUGCUUACGCACCAACAUCGAGCUACGAAGAAGAGCAAAUGGAAGCGUUUUAUAAGGAUUUGGAGAGGCUCUACAGAGAAGACCACACUUUCUUCAAGGUCAUCGUCGGUGAGUUUAACGCNCAUCGUGCUUAUAACACCGAACAUCGAGCAGGCGGAACGAAUGCUGGCCGAGUUUGA